UUCACCUUUUGACCCUGACGCAAAGCACGUACACGAACCCCAACCUGACCACGACCCCAAACAUUAAAAUGAGAUUAUAUCUGUUAAACCGGCGCUUUACUCUGCUCUUGGCGUUUCUUGUGGAUGUGACGUUCCCCGCGGAGGUGCACACGGCCGGCUUCGUGAAGACACUUCCCCGGACAGAGCGCUCCUCUCUGCCGCCAACACAGCUCCAUGUCCCCGGGCCCGAGUUCAUGGACCCGGCUCUCCCUCCGCCGUACCUCCUCCUGCCCAUGUCCGUGGACUCGGUGAGGCCGCUGUUGGACCCGGAGCACUUCCAUCCGUCCGCGGGCACCGGGCUGGAGCGGCUGCCUGCCCCGGUCCAGGAGCUCCUCAGAGCGGCCAGCGGCCCCCGGCCCGACCCCGCGGAGCCGCAGCCCGAGGCCUCCGUGCGGAUGGACUGCAAGCACAACCGCAUGUACGUGGAGGUGGACCGGGGCGUGCUGGCGAGCGGCGACCGGGAGAGUGCGCUCAGGCUGGGCUCAUGCACCCCCACCAAAGCCACGGAACAAUACGUCUAUUUUGAGUUUAAGCUGAACAAGUGUGGCACCAAACAAACGAGGGAGCAGGACCAGGUGGUUUUCUCCAACACACUUCACUAUGAACCAGAGACGAGCCCCAGUCCCAUCCGACGCACGGCCCCCUUCACCCUGCACCUGUCCUGCCGCUUCAACAGAUUCCAGUACUCGUACAAAGUCGGCUACAGGCCCAAACUGAGCGUCCGAAACCUGUUCAGACGGAUGAGGAACAGGAACAAACUCACCCUCUCUCCAAGAAAUGCCCUGUGGGAGCCCCUGUCCUCCUCCGACACUUUCACUUUAGGGAGGCCCAUGUUUUUUGAGGCCCAGGCAGAGCUCCCCUCUCCUGGGCAGAGGCUGUACGUUCACUCCUGCUUCGCCACCCCAGAUCCAUCGCCCUCCUCUGCUCCACGCUUCACCAUCGUCAACAACUACGGCUGUAUGGUGGAGAGCAAAGACGGCCGCUCGUCCUUCAUCGCUCACAGGAACGACGUGGUCAGGUUUUCCGUGGACGCGUUUGUUUUCCACGGAUUCGAAGGAAAACAGCUGUACAUGCACUGCUCCAUGUCACUGGGCCCCGACACUCCCACCAUCACAGACAAGUCCUGCAACUACCAGCCUCAAACCAGGAGGUGGGUGGAGCUUCACGGUUCAGACGAUGUUUGUUCCUGCUGUGAGUCGCACUGUGGCUCUCCUGCCUCCACAGAGACUGUGAUCAGCAGCAGAGCCUGGAACAUGAACGUCAAACCUGCAGCAAAGAAAAACCGGCACAAGUCCUCAGACAGAUCCACCAAAAGGAAGUGGAACCCCUCUGUGGUCCCAACCUUCAGACCUCCAGGAGAGAGGGGGGAGACGGGAGAGGCCCAGCCCAUCUCCGAGGCCGUGCGCUGGGCUGUGACGGAGGAGCGGCCCCUGGAGGUGGUGGGCUCUGCGGAGGUGGAGGAGCUGGAGGAGCUGGAGGAGCUGGAGGAGGGAACGCACCGGAUUUUUGAGGAAAUCUUUGACCUGGCCCUGUACAACCUCCCAGAAAGUGAAAUAAAGACAUGA